AUGGGGAAGAAGAAGAAUAAUUUCGAGGCGUCCGGCAGCGGCACCAAGAAGGAGGAGCGGUCGAACAGGGUGCCGCUGCCUGUCAGUGUGGGGAGGCUGAUGCACAUGAACUGGACGCCCUACCGCCGGGUGCCCGUCCCUCCCGUGCCUAUGCGCGAGCCAGAUAGGAGCGCCGAGAUCCGUCGAAGGAGGCGGUACCUGCCGCCGGACCUCCACUCCGAUCCCGCCUACGCCAUCGAGUCUGACAGCUGGCGCACCUGGCUCUUGUCCGAGAGGGGUCGGAGGAGGAGGGCGGGGUUCAUGGGCGACAUGGACUUUCCCUUCGACCGUCCACCAGCGCCUCAUCGUCGUGCGCAGCAGGCGCCGACACCUGCGCAGUACGAGGACGAUGACGACGAUGUCGACGACGACGACAAAUACAUCGAGGCGCUGACGUACCACAACGAGGAGGUGAAGGACGACAGCGACGACUACGUCGCGUGCAUCUUCCAGGAAUGGCAGCUGGCCAUGGUGGAGGGCCGCAAGUUCGAGUACCCGGACAACAUGACGGACGGCGAGGCCGCGAGGCUCGGCGUCCUCGUCUCGGAGAACGACCAACCUGUGCAGCCGCCGCUGCCCCGGUACGCCACCGGCAUCAUGCCACUGGGCCUGUCGGAGGAUAAAGCCCUACGACUGGCGCUACAGGACUCGACCACGCCACAACCGCCACCUCCACAUCCGCCUUACAACCCGUGGGGGCCCCCACAUCAGCCCUGGGCUCUUCAACCUCCGCCACAGCCCUGGGCGCCUCCGCCACAGCCCUGGGCGCCCCCACCUCCGCCACAGCUACAAGACUGGGCUCCUCCACCUCCAGCACCGCCGGCGCGCCCGACGUACGUUCCGCCGGUUCCCAACUGGCCGUGGGUGGUACCGGAGCUCGUCGUGCUCGACAGCGAUGAGGAGAAGUAG